AUGACUCGCAGUCCCUCUCUGGAAGGAGAAAAGCGUGGCCUCCACCUGCGACCACCGGAACCAGAUGCCGAAGGCUGGCGGAUCGUUUCUGCAGGCGACGUAGAGACCGGCUCCACGCUUCUGAACCUCGGCGCUGUCUUCAUGGAUUUACCUGACGACUAUGCACGACCAUGGCCUGGCCCAGACGAGAUCGGCAAGGGGGAAUUUGCCAACAUCAUCCGAAAAGUCAAGAGGGCUAUCAAUGUUGUAAUGGAGAACUUGCCUGUACGGGCAAGGUCGCUUCGCCCAGAAGACCCUUUUAGCAGGUUGAUAGACUACCGCCGCCGCGAAUAUGCACACACAGGAAGAUUCUCAAAUGCCGACGUCCUCGAAGCGUUGUAUGGAAAGAGACCACGUCCAGGUGUCGAACCAAGCGAGGGACAAAAGCAAGAUUUGGCGCUCGUUGGUCGCUGGUUCACCGACGUCCUAGAAUUUGACCACCCUCUGUUUGAACCGCCCGGUCAUCCCAUCUUUGUUUUCGGGCGGCUUCUCUGCUCCAUCAACCAUUCUUGCCGACCGAAUGUGGCAUUGACGCCUAUUCUUGGGGAAAAGGACCACGAUAGUCAGUUACACGAAGGCACUGUGGGAAUUCGAGCAAUCCGCCCCAUCAAACAAGGCGAGGAAAUCAGAUUCUCCUACGUCGCCACCUUGCGAGAAACCCGCGAGAGACAACGCUCGGUUUUGGCCGAAAAUUUUGGAUUUGACUGCCGAUGCGACGCCUGCAACUUUGAGCAGCAUAAUGCAACGGAGAGAGACUUGAAGGAUGUCGUUUACGGUCUGUACAACGAUGUCUUGGAGUCUGAACUCGACGGCGAGGCCACCACAGCGCCACCGGUAUACCGGAAAGCUGUUCUUGUUCUAGACGGCUUCGAUGCUCUAGAAAUCAACCAUAAACCAAAGAGGGACGUCCUAGACAAAUGUGGAAUCCAUGCAAUGCUUGCGACAGACUCAUUGCGUGUUCAUUACUUCUUGAGCAGAGCACUCGAAUGGGCAAAAGCAACUUACACCGAUGAAGCUCACCCGCAUAUCGUGGACACCAAAACACAGAUCAAGGCAUUCAUGCGUGAAGACUGGUAUGAUGGUGAAGAUGCGCCCAGAUUCGGUUGUUCCGCUUAUCAAGAGUACGACAUGAACCAAGACAAUUUGGAAGAGCUCAUGUUCAUGAUGAAUCACCCUCAAAAUGAUACCGUAUACCGUCCCUUGCACGUGGUCAAUGGCAAGGUCGAGGAGAUGUCCAUGCGGGAACACAGAAAGUAUCUCAACGGAUUGCGGCAACCGUGGAAGCAGAAGGAGCAGAAAAGAGCAGACCGCCUGCGUGCUAUCAACGACAAGAUCAAGGAAAUGGAGGCAAAGGACGAAUUGAACAGCAAAAGAGUGUCCAAAAAGCCCAAGAACGAAGUCAAGAGCAUUGUGCAAGAGGAUGAAGAAGACGAGGAAGAUGACGAGGACGAAGAAUACGAGCAAGAGGACGAAGAUGAUGAGGACGAAGAAUACGAGCAAGAGGACGAAGAUGAUGAGGAAGAAGAAGAAAACGACGAGGACGAGGACGAGGGUGAAGAAGAUGACGAGGAAGUCGUCUCACCUCCCGCCUCAAUGCCAGUCACUUUGCCCAUGACGCCGCCUGUCACGCCGUCCGCUUCACUGCCCGUUCCUCUGCCCUUUAAGAUGCCAGCCCAGCGGCGGUUCGUCUGUCCCUUCGGUGCCAAAGACGGCACGUCGAAGCAGGCCUGGCUGCAGAGCGCUGCCACCAAGGCGGCGCUACGUCUCGAGGCUCGAGACGUAGGACACCUUCUCGCCGCCAAGGACGGCAUGGGCACGAACCAGGAAGGGUUCGUGCUCAAUGCUCGUCGGGAUUCGGUCGCUGGCCGGAUCCAGGGCGAGAAGGAGUUCCUGCAGCUGGGCGGGCGGUUGGGCCGCAAGGCCAGAACCCAUUCCUUCGGGAAUGAUGGUUCGAGGAGGGAUCUGCUGAAAGAGGCAGAGGUACGAGAGAGCAAGUGCUGGUAA